GGCUCUGAUCCCCGGCCUCCUCAUCCCGUCCCAUGGAGCUGGAGGGGCAGUGGUGGAAUGGACAGCUGGCUGCCGACAUCCACCAAGCCCUUCGCUACAAGGAGCUGAAGUUACCCUCUUACAAAGGCCAGUCUCCCCAGUUAAAUCUGAGAAGGUAUUUUGCAGACCUGAUUGCCAUUGUGAGCAACCGGUUUCGUCUCUGUCCUGCUGCCCGACAUCUUGCUGUUUACCUGUUGGACCUCUUUAUGGACCGUUAUGACAUCUCCAUUCAACAGCUGCACGUGGUUGCUCUUUCCUGCUUGCUUUUAGCGAGUAAAUUUGAAGACAAGGAAGACAGUGUGCCUAAGCUUGAACAGCUGAACAGCUUGGGGUGUAUGACCAACAUGAGCCUGGUCCUAACCAAGCAGAAUUUGCUGCACAUGGAGCUGCUCUUGUUAGAGACUUUCCAGUGGAACCUCUGCCUGCCCACAGCUGCUCACUUCAUAGACUACUAUCUCUCGAUCUCCGUUCACGAGUCAGACCUCCAUGAUGGAUGGCCGAUGGUUUGCUUGGAAAAGACCAAACUCUACAUGGCCAAAUAUGCCGACUACUUUCUGGAAGUAUCCCUGCAAGAUCAUGCCUUUUUAAAUUAUGCCCCUUCGUUCGUGGCCGCUGCUUGCGUGGCUUCUUCAAGGAUUAUCUUGCGUCUUUCUCCAACAUGGCCGCCGCGACUCCAUCGCCUGACAGCAUAUUCCUGGGACUUUCUGUUGCCGUGUAUUGAACGACUAUUGGUGGCCCAUGAUAAUGAUGUAAAAGAAGCCAACAAGCAAAAAGGACAACAUAGUUCUCAAUCACCCCAUAACACUUUAUUUCAAACCAUCAGUCAACCCACACAGCAGCACAUACCCCAUUAUAUUCAAGCACAUCAGACUCCUCUACCAUAUCUUCAAACAGCACCGCAACAAAACUGUCAGCCGAUUAUGUCAAGCAGUCAUACCUCAACCUACCCAAUGCAGACUUGCCCAGCUGGUUUACAAGGUGGUGUUCAGGCUCAAAGUCAUAUGCAGACUUCUGGAAUGUCACUAGCUGUCCCUAUAGAGGUGAAGCCAUGUUUAAAUGUCUCCUACAAUCGAACCUAUCAGAUUGCUGGGCGUUACCCUUGUAUUACUCCAUGCUUUGAGAGGUGAUGACUACAGCAGAACUCUCUGUGUGACCAGUGUUAAAUCAAUAAUAAGAGGACAAUUUGGGGUCCUUCUAAAACCUGGGAAAUGGCUGAAAGAGGACAACGUAUUUUUCCUCCCAAAGGUAGCUCAGUUGCAGAAGCUUGCAAGUACAAGAACGUGCCUACUUGCAGAAUAAUGGGAAAAGAUGGGAGAAAUAUUUCUGCCACGCUGUAGUUCUACAGGCUGAACUUAAAACAUACCUUUGAAAGCGUGUUGAGAGACAUCUGUCCUGUCUGCAGGUUUUGUCUUCCUGAAAAGAUGAAAGAUUAUGCGUGAUGUUGACGACACUGCUGCUUCUACUUAGCUCUGUGCAGUAUUGAGUAAGAUACUGAACCGUGAAAGUCCACUAAGUGCCAUUGCUUUCCAGAAGAUGGAGAGGCCAGUGAGAGAAGAGAGAAGAGGCCCUUUUUAUCUAAUCAGUAGCUCAAUUCUUUGACAUGCCCGUGGAUGAGAACUUGUAUUUCAGUGGCCUUGGAUUAAUGUUCUUCAAUCUUCUGCUUCAAGUAUUCUUGUCUUCACUGAAGCUAUGUAGAGAUAAAUUAUCAUGUCAACUCAGGGAAUAAUCAAAAGUUACUGUGAUGCAGGAUAUAUAUCAUUUAAAUGGUUACCUCGGGUUCUGUUCCUCAGGGUAAUUGUAUUAGUAAAAUACCAAAGGGAGUUGAGAUGCUUAUCUAAGUACUCCCUUCACCUAAAUGUGCUUUGCAAUAAGGCAGGGAAAAAUAGGUAGGUUGUAUUUAAAUGAAGCCAGUACUAUAACCAUAAAAAAAUGGAGUUUUGUUUGCAAUUUACUCUACUUUAUGCCACCAAUUAUUUGUGUCCAAAAAGUUUUUGGUUUUUUUUUUUUUUUAUUGUAUUGAUUUCUGGCUUCAAGGUACAAUUGAAAUGCUUACAAGAAAUAAAGCCUUAUUUAUAUUGGCCAGAGAGCAGAAUGAGAAAUGGAAGUUCUCAGACUCUUACAGCACAACUGUAUUUCCAUAGUUCUAUUUCUUUGGCCACAUCAGCUGCAAUUCAGGUAUUUUUAUAAUGUGAGCUAAGUCAUAAUAAGGGUGCUACAUAUGAUCAUCAGAAGUGUCUUUAAGUCCUUAGAGUCUGUCCUUACCCGAACCAGAAUUAUUUGAAUUAAUAGGCAGUAAACAAAUUUUGAGAACCUUCUAUCUAGCAUGUAAGAUUAAGGAGUGACUAAUUUGAUAUAUUUGUUGCCAGUGGUGUGCGAUCUAGGUAUUUAGAGAUGACUUGAGAAUGGAGGUGAUAAAUGGAAGGAGAACUUGAAGAUAGAUAGACCUUCCCUAGUGAAAAAGAUCAUCCUAAAUAGUUCUCAUUUAAAGGAAAAAUGGCCUUAAAGUGGCUCUCUCUGUGAGCUGACAGUGCUAUGAGAAAUUAUUCUUUAAUUUGGAGGAGAAGCUAUCCUCUGUAUUAGUAAUUAUUUUAUGCCAUAAUAUGUUUUGUGUGUCUCCUUAUAAAAAUGGGGAAUUUUGAGGGGAAGAAGUAAAGCUUUCUGAAGACAUUUUAUAUACUGGGGAAUGCCACUUCUUUCCUUAGGAUAUUUUUUUAUUACUGUGUUUGCAUGUCUGAGCGGGGAAAAAUUGAUUAGGUAACAGAAUUGAGUGUCUGAGGUAUCUUCUUACAUGAUGUCAUUUCUCAUUUCACUUUAUGUGGGGAUGAAGGACUGCAAAAUACAUCCGAAAAGGAAUGAUACUUAUCUCAAAUUGCAAUACUGCGCGUACAGCUCUCCAUACUUUUAACUACCUCAAUACUAUGUUGAAUGUACAAUUUUGUGGAGAUUCAUGACUUGAAAAACAGCUCAUUGUUCCUGAAAUUCUUACGUGUCCUUCAGUGUCAGUCCUCCAUAAAUGAGACAGCAGAGUAGACAUCCAAUACAUCUAAAAAUUGUCUUGCAGGCCUUUACACUCAAAACAUUAGUUAAUAAUUAACACUGGAAUUGUGGGAAAGAGUUAAUUUGUCUAGUCAAACCAGCAAAACUCACCUAAGACAAAUGAUCUUAUUUAAGAUAUUUAAGUAAUUAGACUUCUUACUAAAAAUGGAUCCACUACAAGUUCAUAGAUUUGUGGCUUACUACUUUUUUAAUUUAUUAUUUAGCCUUUUGAGUUUGUUGUUAUAGAUUAAUAUUGGCAAUAGAAUAUGCACUGUGCAACAUUUCCUAUUUUCUUAUACGUAUUUGGUCAACCUCAACUGAACUGACACACUGCUGUAAUUGCUACUGCAGGAAUUAAAAUGUGUGUCAUCAAAAAAAAAGCCUACAUAUUGAAAGAAAAAAAAUGA